GGACCUGUUGUCGCGGCGCUGUCGCGGUGCCCGGGCCAUGCGCCGCGCGCUCCUGGCGCUCCUGGUAGCCGCCGCCGCCGGUGCCGCGCGUGGACCCGCCUGUCCCGUAACGGCACCGGACGAAGCCGGGGCACGGUCCCGCGUGGGGCCGGCCCCGAGGAGAGCCAAGCGCUUCGCCUCGGUGCCGCGGUACGUGGAGAUGCUGGUGGUGGCGGACGAGUCGAUGGCCCAGUUCCACGGCGCGGGGCUCCACCGGUACCUGCUGACGGUGCUGGCGGCGGCCGCCCGGUCCUUCCGGCACGGCAGCCUGGGCAACGCGGUGGAGCUGCGGGUGACGCGGCUGGUGGUGCUGGGCCAGGGCACCCCAGGGCCCCCCACCACCUCCAACGCUGCCCAGAUGCUCCGCAACUUCUGCCAGUGGCAGAGGGGGCUCAAUGUCCCCGACGAGGACAGUCCCCUCCACUUUGACACCGCCAUCCUUUUCACCCGGCAGGACCUGUGCGGGGCAGCCACCUGCGACACGCUGGGCAUGGCUGACGUGGGCACCAUCUGUGACCCCGAGCGGAGCUGUGCCAUUGUGGAAGACGAUGGGCUACAGUCGGCAUUCACAGUCGCCCAUGAGCUGGGCCACAUCUUCAACAUGCUGCACGACACCUCCCAGCCCUGCCAGGAGCUGAAUAGCCGCUCUGGAGCCACGCGCCACAUGAUGGCCCCUGUCCUCUCCUCGCUGGAUCCCGGUGAGGUGUGGUCCCCCUGCAGCACCCACUUCAUCACUGACUUCUUGGACAAUGGCCACGGUCACUGCCUCCUGGACAAGCCCCUGGAGUGGCUGCAGCUGCCCUCAGCGCUGCCGGGCAGCACCUACCCAGUGCUGCAGCAAUGCCAGCUCACCUUCGGGCCCCACUCGCGGCACUGCGGUGACCUGCAGCCGCCCUGCGCCUCGCUGUGGUGCACCGGCCACGUCAGUGGCCGCUCUGUCUGCCAGACGAAGCAUUUCCCCUGGGCCGAUGGCACACCGUGCGCGCCGGGCAGGGUCUGCAUGGAUGGGCUCUGCGUUGGCACUGGCCGCCUGCAGGAGCUCACCACACCUGUGGACGGUGGUUGGGGGCCAUGGGGGCCAUGGGGCAGGUGUUCACGCACCUGCGGUGGUGGCGUCCAGCUCUCCCACCGCAACUGCACCGCGCCAGCACCUCGCCAUGGUGGCCGGUACUGUGAGGGGAAGCGCACCCGCUUCCAGUCCUGCAACGUGGAGGAGUGUCCCGGCAGCACCCCCCUCACCUUCCGGGAAGAGCAAUGUGCCGCCUACAACCAUCGCCCUGACCUCGUCAAGGGGCUCCCAGCCCCCCUGGACUGGGUGCCGCGCUACAGUGGCGUCUCUGAGCGGGACCAGUGCAAGCUGACCUGCCAGUCCCAAACCCUGGGCUACUACCAUGUGCUGCAGCCAAGGGUGGCCGACGGGACGCCCUGCUCCCCUGAGAGCACGGGGGUGUGUGUGCAGGGCCGCUGCAUCCCUGCUGGCUGCGACCGCGUCAUUGGCUCCAAGAAGAAGUUCGAUAAAUGCAUGAUGUGCGGUGGCGAUGGCUCCAGCUGCACCAAAGUCUAUGGCUCCUUCACCAAACCCCGCUAUGGCUACAACGACGUGGUGACCAUCCCGGCAGGUGCCACGCACCUCCUGGUCCGGCAGAUCUCGGCGCAAGGCGGUGAGGAUGUCUUCCUGGCACUGAGGCAGCCGGCUGGCAACUCCCUCCUCAACGGUGGCUAUGUCCUUGUGCCUUCCCCGACUGACGUGGUGCUGGCGGGUGGUGCGACCCUGCGCUACAGCGGGGCCACGGCAGCCACCGAGAUGCUGGCAGGCCGGGGGCCGCUGCAUGAGCCCCUGGUGCUGCAGGCACUGGUGGUGGAUGAGCGGCGCCCACCAAGAUUGAAAUACAGCUUCUUUCUGCCCCGGGCGCAGAGAAGCCCAUCAGCAGCCUGGGAGAGGCAGAAAGCCGAGAUCCUGGAGAUCCUCAGGAACCACCGGCACAAGCAGCAGUGACACAAGCCCAUCGGGGCUGUGGCUCGGCCAGGGAGCGAUCCCAGCGGCACCGCAGCUCCUAUUUAUUUGGUUAUUUAUUGUCCAUUGGCAGCCAGGACACUGUCCAUGGAACGGCAUCGGGCAGCCCCUCAGCAGAGCUCCAGGGGCUUGUGCCACGCAGGGGACAAACCCCGGUGCAGGUAACCGCAUCUACCUCAGCCCUUGCAUGGGCAGAGUGGGGUGGCCCCCUGGGCAGGCCCCAGGGGCCCCCGCCCUGGCUGCAGUCCCCCCUGGCACAGCCACUCAGCUGUGAUUUAUUGCAUUGCUGUUAUUUAAAGCUAUUUAUGGAGC